AGUCGGUUAGUGGAUGAUGCGAGUGCCAGGACUAGUGCCAGUAGUUCUUUCCUCCAAGUGCAUUUUUGUUGUACUUAAUCUCUCCACUACGAGUGUGAGUUUUGUGUAAAAUACGUGUAAGGAGAGAGAAGGCAAAGUGAAAGCAUAAAAUGGGCACCGUCAUUGCAAUGGAGUAGCUAGCCCCCGAAUGUGUAACGGUGUUUCAGCUCAUUCUACAUAUUGACAUUUAUACACGUUUACAAGCUGCUGACACAAUUACAAACAAGGCCACAAAGUACAAAAAAAAAGUCUUAUUCAACAGCAAACGUUAGGCAAAAGUGGGCUUGAUUAUUCAACCAAAGUAUUUCAUAUAUAUUUCUUUCCCCACCACACCACAAGGAUAAAGAAAUAAGUUGCUGGUCCCGCAGCAACUUCAGUCAAAAGUUUAGAGCUUGUUUGAGAUUUGUUCCAGCACAGUCACAAGUUUUGUGAGUGACUGUGUGCGAGCCACGUUCGAGUAUUUUCAAGGCAGUGUUUUGAAAUUUCAUCAACAUAUCGGAACUAAGCGACAGCUUGUGGCAAACAACGAGUAUGGCUCCACCGCAAGGGGGCCAUACUGCUGCCAUUGCCACAAUCACAGCAGCGUCAACACAUCAACAGCACCAGCACUACCACCAUCACAAUCAACAGCAUCAACGCACUGGUGUUGGCGGUGGUCAUGCCAGAAAACACCCACACAUCAUCGCCCUGCCGCCGGGCAAUAGCAGUAGCAACAGUCCCCGUGAAACAGCAUCGAAGCGACCGGAUACCACGGUGUCCAUAUCGACCAUGUAUACACAAGCGGAGGAGGAUGUUGGCGAUAAAUCUUCAACGUGUGGCACAUUGCUGAUAUUCCUAUCUGUGGCAUUGGUGAUUUUAACCUUACCUUUUAGUUUAUUUGUAUGUUUCAAAGUGGUACAAGAAUAUGAAAGAGCGGUCAUAUUUCGACUGGGCCGUUUAAUGCAAGGCGGAGCCAAAGGACCGGGUAUAUUCUUCAUUCUGCCGUGCAUCGAUUCAUACGCUCGUGUGGACUUACGUACACGUACUUAUGAUGUACCACCACAAGAGGUUUUGACUAAGGAUAGUGUGACGGUCUCGGUGGAUGCAGUGGUUUACUAUCGCGUUUCGAAUGCGACAGUUUCUAUAGCGAACGUGGAGAAUGCUCACCACUCGACACGAUUAUUGGCACAGACUACUCUACGAAACACAAUGGGAACUCGGCAUUUGCAUGAGAUACUAAGCGAACGAGUAUCUAUAUCUGGUUCAAUGCAGGUGCAACUGGAUGAAGCUACCGAUGCCUGGGGUAUUAAAGUUGAACGUGUUGAAAUCAAGGAUGUUCGAUUGCCAGUCCAAUUGCAAAGGGCCAUGGCCGCUGAGGCCGAGGCCGCACGUGAAGCCCGGGCAAAAGUCAUAGCGGCAGAAGGUGAACAGAAAGCAUCAAAAGCGCUGAGAGAAGCAUCCGAGGUGAUUGGUGGUUCACCGGCGGCUUUACAAUUAAGAUAUCUACAGACCUUAAGCACAAUAUCGGCGGAGAAGAACUCCACGAUCGUAUUCCCAUUACCCAUCGAUUUGAUAACAUACUUCUUGAAGACAAACGAUGAGAACACCCAACAGAAGGCAAAGGCAGCUGCUGCUGCCAUGGCUAGAACAGCAGUGGAGGCCAUAGCUCAGCAGCAACAGUCGACGGCUAUGUAAAGCCACUUUUAAACGAGCGACACCAUUGCAACACCCAUCAUUGAUCUCCACAACAAAUUUGUAAAGAAUUCGAAAAAGCCAUACCAAAAAAAAAAUGGAAUUGCCGAUCGACAAAUUUAAAAUCUCAACAGGAAAUUUGUUAUAACAAAAAAUCUUGAAAUUUUUGAAGGAUAAAAAUCUUGAAAUUUUUGAUGGAUAAAAAUGCAAAAUCAUCUUUCUAACUGUGAAUAAAUGUUUACUUUAUCUACUUGAAGAAAAUAAAAGAAAAAAAAACAAAUAUUAAAAAAAUCUAAAAACCCCCUUCCCCUUGGCAUGGUGGUGGGGGUUUCAGCCAAACAUUAAAAUCUCCUUUACAAAACAGUUGUAAUUCAUUGGUUUUCUUUUACAGCGGCAUAUACUUGUGUCUAGUAUAGCAAUUAUUUAGAAUAACAAACUUGUAUGAACUAAAACCAGAACAAGUAAAUUACUUAGUGUAUAUGGCAAACUAGCAAUACGUAAAAAUUCUCAUACACUUAAGGUAAUAUACACAGAAAAAAAGUAGAUAAAGACAAGAAAUAGUUAGAUAUUUAAAUGCUGAUUUCAAAGAUCAAAGAAAGUGACAUGGAAAAUUUGAAAUGUUAAAAUUAAAACUAUUAGUGUUUGAAAUAAAACAUUAAAAAUAUAAAUAAUUUUUAAAAAAUAAAUGUAGAUGCUAAAUAAUUAAAUUAUUUCUGUGUGUUAAACCUCAUGCUCGCGGCCAAAGUAAAGUUGAUUUUUUUCCACAAAAAUGUUUUUUAUUUAUUUAUGUUCAUUAUUUCGUACUUUCAAUGAAGCACAUCAUCCGAAAUGAACAGCGAUAACAUACCAAAUGAUAUUUACCCGGGGGAUGCAAUGCAUUGCGUUGGCAACUAUGAAAGUUAAGGGUUGGAGGGGGAAAGAGGGAGCAGUGUUUAUUGAUAUUUCUUAAAUUUCUGAACGUCAAUGUCGGUGGGAAAGACAUUCGCCAGAAGUCGAUUCCACGUACGAAUGGUUCGGGCGAAAAAUGAAUUUUCUCGGGAAUGCAUGGUUCGGUCGACUGGCCAAACAAUUACAAACGGGUGUAAGUUCCUGGCAAGUCUUGUAUUCCUGGUGAACAUCCUAACGUCAGGGAUAAGAAGACGAAUAUCCCUGGAACACACGCCAUGAAAAUAACGAUAGAGCAAUACAACGCUACCCACAUUCCGACGAUGUUUAAUGGAAGCAAUAGAGUUGGAUACCCUACUGUCCCCAAUUAACACCAUCGCUCUCCGUUGAACCCGGUCAAGUAGCUCCAAGGAUGAUUUUGGAGCUCCUGCCCAUAUAUGAGAGUUAUAUUCCAUCCUCCGCCUGAUGUAUGUACUAUAGAUAUUGAGAAGAUCAGAAGAGGUGAAGUAUUUCUUGCACCGCGUACAUUACAUUGUAUCUUCAUGCCCAGAACAUCAAGAGCAUCUGACUGCUCAAUAUCUAUACCGUCGAUAGAUAUCGACGAUUGAAGUUGGGUAAAUACCCGGGUAUUUACCCAUAAAAAAUAUAUAAAAAUAUUUUCCAAAUCAUUUUUGAUGAUUUCGUAUUCUUUGUAUAUAAACCUGGCCUUCUGAUCUCGUAAAAUCGGAAUUUAGUUAUAUAUUGCCGCAAUAUAGACCGAUCUCCAGACUUAAAGUGUUGAAGCAAUGAAUUCCUCAUUUUUCAUUCGAUUUCGAUGAAAUUUGCCACAGUGAGUUCUGAAAGACCCCUACCCAUUCCUGUGAAAUGUGGUCCAGAUAGGACCAUAUUUGGAUAUAGCUGCCCUAUAGACCGAACGCCAGAUCUCUCGAUACAGAGUACUAAGGCCAUAAAACAACCAUUUGUUACCUGAUUUCAAUGAAAAUUGGAUCAGUGAGUUCUGACAGACACUUACCUAUUAGGCAAAAAUAGUUUCCACAUCGACAUUUUUUAGUAAAUUUGCUGUGGAGGCAACAAUUAUAUUGGGUUGCCCAAAAAGUAAUUGCAGAUUUUUCAUAUAGUCGGCGUUGACAAAUUUUUUCAAUGGCUUGAGACUCUGUAAUUACAUUCUUUCUUCUGUCAGUUAUCAGCUGUUAUUUUUAGCUUGCUUUAGAAAAAAAGUGUAAAAAAAAAUAUAUUUGAUUAAAGUUUAUUCUAAGUUUUAUUAAAAAUGCAUUUACUUUCUCUUAAAAAAUCCGCAAUUACUUUUUGGGCAACCCGAUAGUUAGCACGAGUUAAGGGGACAUAUGAAGUUCAAAAACACAUGUGCUGCCCAAAUGGGGGAAUUGGGCUUUGGAAUUCGAGAAGUCGAGGGGUUUUUUUUUACCAAAAAAUGGAACAAAUAUACUUUUUUCACAUAAAGUGUUUGGCAUUUUUGAUGUGUUUGUUGUUCUUUGCAUUGAUAAUUUGUUUAUAUCCGAUUGAUGGAAAGACAGGCUUUCUUCUCUUUUACUGCUCUUAGGAGAAUUAGAGGACUUAUUGAGCCCUCAUUCAAAACAAAAGCGUGCUCUACACCGUACUUAAUAGUCUUUCAUUAUGUAGGGCACCUUAGUCAAUUUGACAAAGGUGUUGAUGAAGAUACAUGGCGUAUCAGAAAUCAUGAUCCGCCAUGCCAGUCAAAGUGUUUUGAAUAAUAACACACACUUACCCAACUUUUAUAAGUUCAUUUCAAUACUAUUCUUUGAAUAAAAAGCAUUGAAUAUGAUCUCGAGCUGGAAGAUGUUCGAAAAAGCACGCAAAGAUUUUAAUGAUCAAAAUAAAAGAACGCAAACAGACAAAUAAGUAAAAAUAGUAACAACAUUUCUUUGAGAUGAUAAUAAUUUCUUUGAUAUUUGAAACCGGCUCCUCAAUUUAAAAUGUUUUCAGGAUAAUAUUCUGAAAAUCGAUAAGGAAAUAAGUAAAAGAGGAUAUGUAUGCAGAAAUAUUAAAUGAAACCAAAACUUAUUUAUGUUAAAAAAUUAUUAAUUAGAUAUUUGUAUAUGUCAAGGUAGUUGUUAUAUAAAUUCAUAUUUAUAACAAAAUUAAAUUGAAAAAUAAUAAAAAGUACACUUAUAAAAUUUUUUAAGGGCAUAUUUGUAACAAAGUUUUUUAAAAAAGCUAAUUAAUCUUUUUCAUAUAUCCCCAAGUUUUUUUGUAAAAUUUUAUGAGAAGUAUUUAACGCAAUGCACAGUUUAGCGUUUCAGCCUUGCAGACUUAACAAUUUUCAGGAAAGAAUUUCAUCCUAUUAAUGCUGGAGUAUUAGUUAGCUCUUCAGUAGGGAACGCCCGAAAAACACAUGGAUGCUCUGUACAAAAAGAGAGUUGGUAUCAGCUCAUAUAUCGUGGAAUCGAGAACAUACAUAUAUAAAAAGUUUCAAUAACAUGUACAACAUUUCGACCAACAAAGAUUAAACUAACCGUCAUAUGGGGGACCUAUGUACAGGUGUGUUCAAAAUAUAGGAGGGUGCUCCUCCAAAAAACAAAAUUUUAUUUUUUUAUAAAAAUAAUUUUUUUUCUUCGCAUUUUUUUAACAUAAGAUGAACCAAUUCUCUUAAAUGUGUAACAAUAAAAUGUACAAAACUUUAAAAUAUUUUAUUGAAAAAAAAAACAAUUCUCCAAAAUUUUGCUGUUCAAAAUAAUAGGCGUAUUGAUACAUAGUUGUUGAAAAUUUCUGUGCCUCGAUGAUGUCUUUGACACAUCUACAAUGCAUGGAGUCUCAAUAAAACCCUGGCAUCUCUUUACAGGCUGAUCCUGGGAUAGCUUUAAACGGAUUUCGUGCCUUGCUUUACUCAUUGCGUUCAAUAACUCUUCCGCAUUUGCAAGUCGGUUCUAUGUAACAUAAUUUCAAUGUCUCUGCAUAAAUGUUAAAUGGAAUUGACGACAGGAGACUGAGCAGUUCACAGAUUAAUUCUAACCCCAUCGACCUGAAACCAUCACUUGCCAAUUAACUAGUAUGUUUCCGAUCAAUAUCUUGUUAGAAUACCAAUUUCAGAAGCAUAUUCUAGACUGCAUAAUGUAACAUGAAUUGCUCCAAAGUUGUCACAUAUCCAUGAUGUCUUAUAUUUCAUUACUGCACCUAUACCGUUGUACAAAAAGCUCCCACGAAUCAAUACUUUCCGCCCACCAUGUUUGACUGUCUUUCCUUGUGAAUUGUGAUUUAUAUUAUGUGUUUGAUAGGUCGGCAGAUGUCUGUCUAGACCUUGUUCUACCAAAUAAUACAAAUGUACAUCCGUCGGACCACAGUAUGUUCCCCUAUUUUUCAAUCGGCAAAUUGAUAUGUCCUUUAACGAACUUAAACGUGUAACUGUAUACUUUUUGGUCAGCAAUGGUACCAUAUUUGGACUUGUUGCGUAUAAGUUAUUUUCCAACAAACGUUUGGACCAAUUUCAGUCAGAUUCAGUGCCCCUUGAAUCUUUUUUGAAGACGCCGUAGGGUUCCCGUUUUGCUUUAUCAUAAAAUCUACGGUUAUCAAAAGUUGAUGUUUUACGCAUGAGUUCGAGUGCUUCGGUCAUUUUUAUAUCCACCACCAUAGGAUGGGGGUACACUAAUCAAGUCAUUCCAUUUCUUACACAUCGAAAUAUUCGUCUAAGGUCCCAUAAAGUAUACGAGUAUAUAUUAUUGAUCGUCUCGACAUUCUGAGUCGAUCUGGACGUGCGUCGAACACGUAAAGCUAGCCGCUUGAAAUUUUGCACAGAUACUUAUUAUUACUGUAUGUCGUUGGGGAUUGCAAAUGGGCCACAUCGAUUCAGAUUUAUAUACAGCUCGCAUAUAAACCGAUCUCCCGAUUGUAAUUCUUGAGCCCUAACAAGCCUUAAUGUUUGUCCGAUUUGGCUGAAAUUUUGAAUGCGUUGUGCUGUUACGACUUAAAACCACUGUGCCAAGUACGGUCUACAUUGAUCUAUAACCUGGUAUAGCUCCCAUAUAAAUCGAUAUUCCAAUUAGACUUCUUGAAAACCAAGGUAGCCACAAUUUUUGUCCAAUUUUGCACAUAUGUUAUGACUUCUAACAACUGUGCCAAGUACGGUCCAAAUCAGUCUAUAGCCUGAUAUGGCUCCCAUGUAAACCGAUCUCCCGUUUUUUUUCUAUCAACCAACACGCAGGGGAUGUCCCCUAUAAACGUAGCGCAUUGCGUUGGCGAAUAGAAAUUAAGAAUUGCAUGGGGGGAAAGGAUGUAGUGUUUAUUGACAUUUGUCUUAAAUCUCUGUAUGUCAUAUUGGCUGGGAAAAACAUUAGCCGGAAGUCGAUUCCACAUACGAACGGUUCGGGCGAAAUAAGAAUUCUUCUAUAAGGCGUUGUCCGGUCCGCUGGCCAAUCAAUUAUAUACAGGUGUGAAUGGAAUGUCUUGUAUCCCUAACAAACAUCCUUACAUCAGGAAUAAGAAGACGAUUAUCAGACGAACACACACCGUUCAAGGGAGACAAUAGAGUCCGAUACCCUACUGUCCCCAAUCAACGCCAUCGCUUUCCUCUGUACACGGUCCAGAAGCUCUAGGGAUUAUUUUGAAGCUCCAGCCCAUACAUGUGAGUUGAACUCUAUUUUCGGCCUUAUGAACGUAGUAUAGGUGUUAGGAAGAUCAGAAGGAGUAUAGUAAUUCUUACACCGUUAAAGGAAGCCUAAGCACUUGAAUGCUUUCGACACUUUAAAUACAUGUGUAGCCCAACGGACAUCACAUUGUAUUUUCAUGCCCAGAACAUCAAGAGCUUCUGAUUGCUCAACAUCCAUACCGUUGAUAGACAAAGAUGAUCUUAAUUAAUCAGCAAGCGUUUGUGUGACAACAAACAGCACUGAGUCUUCCGUGAAUUAAAAUCUACUCGAUUCAUUCGACCCCACUCAGAAAUGGCCAGCAAAUAUUUUCCUCAAUCUCUGGAAGACUUGGCCUAUAGUCGAAUGACAGAGAUUACUGAGUAGAUCGCAUUCGAUGUCUGACUUGAUGAAAAUAGAAAAAAGAGAUGGAGAAAGCACAGAGCCCUAGGGUACACUUGCGGUCAAUUUAUGCUCAUUGGAUGAGAACUCAUCUAUAUAGACUCGUAUAGUGCGAUUUCUGAGAAAGGUCGAAAUAAAUCGAACGAAGUCAUUACCGACACCAAAUGCGACAAGUUUUAAUAGUAAUGCACCGUGCCAGACCCCAUCAAAAUGCCUUGGAGAUAUCCACAGCCAAAACCUUACUCUCACCACACUGGUGGAUUGAGCGACUCCAACGUUCCGACAGAAAUGCCAUGAGGUCGCCCGUAGAGCGAUUUCUGCGAAACCCAUACUGUUGGUCGCUAAAAAGGCCAUUAGACUCUAAAUACCUCACAAAAUGGUGAUUAACCAUGUUCUCCAAAACAUUGGAGAGAGCGGAGCAUAUCCAUUCGCAUCCUUCCAACGCGAAGGAAAGACUCCCAGACGGUAGGCAAGGUUGCGUAAUAAACGAGC